GGCCGCCUUGCAUUCGGUCUGUCACACGCGCUCCGUACGCUCUGCCGUUCUGUUCCUUUAGUUGUUAAUAAAACGUUUUUUUUUUUUUUUUACACAGUAUAUAACAUAUUAUUAUAUAUCCCACACAACCUCUAUCGGACGGUUUUUGGUCGCAGUGUCGUGUUUUUGCUUACAGAAAACGGUUUCAUAAUAUUACUAAAUCAAUUUUUUUUUUUUAUAAUAUUUACAAGCUUUACAUAUUAUUAUAUAGUAUAUCGUACAUAUAUUCCUACAUAUUUUUUAUGUACCGUCAUUGUUUUUGGUCUAUUUUAUUUUGAAAUAAAAUUCAACGCUGGCAGCCCAACAGUUCCAACGGAAUCACUUAUACGCCUUUGGAAACAACUUUUGGGAAUUAAAAACGUUGAAGCCAAUACUCUUGAGGACGAAAGUCAUAUUUAAUAGUUUAACCUAAUUCAACCAGCAUAUACUCGAAAUCGCGUCAAGAUGCAUAUCGAGGUUAGCGUAGCGUUGAACUUUGUGAUCUCGUACCUGUACAACAAAUUGCCUAGACGGCGAGUAAACAUAUUUGGCGAAGAGCUGGAAAAAUGCCUAACGGAAAAAUUCGCUGGACACUGGUACCCUGAGAAACCGUACCGCGGCUCGGCGUACCGGUGCAUCAAAACGGGAUCACCGAUCGACCCGGUGUUCGAGAAGGCGUCCCGUGAAAGCGGCGUGGCCAUUCAAGACAUCCUGGAGAACCUGCCGCAAGAUCUGGCAGUGUGGGUGGACCCCGGCGAAGUCAGUUACCGCAUCGGUGAGAAGGGAGCCGUGAAGAUCUUGUACAACGAGAACAGCGGUGGCCUACAAUUCGAUACCCACGACGACCGGACUGCCGAUAGAGAGGUCGUCAAAACGUUCAACCCCGAAGCACAAUGUUUCCGGCCCAUCGAUUCGGUAGCGUCCAGCUUAAGUUCUCUGAGCAUUUCUCCACCGGACAAGUGCUCGGUUGGUUCACCAACGCUUGGUAGUGGUUCCAACAACUCGUCGCCGACUCAUCAUAACCACCUUCACCACCACCACCAACACCAUUCUCACCACCAGCAACAACAAACACAGUUACAACAGCCACAGCACAAUCCACUGUUGUUUGGCAAAUCGUGUGGCGGUGGUGGCGGCAGCAGCAGCAGCAGCAGUAGUAGCAGCAGCAGCAGUAGCAGCAGCAGCAGCACUGCAAGCAAUGGCAACAGUCAGCAAUCGUCGCAGCAACAGCAGCAACAGCAGCAGCAGCAGCAGCCACGAAGCCCAAACGGUAGUGGAUCGACAGUUGCGGUCGCUGCUGGUGGUGCUUACGUGCCGUGCCGACAGCCGUCUGUGCCGUUGACGUUCACUACUGCCUCGUUUGCACAGACCAAGUUCGGCAGCACCAAACUCAAGUCCAACAACAAGCGAGCUAACAGGUUUCUGAUGACUGAUUUCAUAGAAAAGAUGUCACCGACCGAGUUUGCCAACUACAUUAAGCAACGGGCGGCUAUGCAGCAACAACAAAUUGUGGUCGGUAGCGGUGGUCUGCAGCAACAACAGCAACGUCCGGUGUCACCGGUACAGCAACACCACCGUGGCCAAAACGGCGACGCGGCUUCCAACUACUUUUUCCAGCAUCAACAGUACAAUAAUAACCACCAAGGCGGCGGCAGUGCCGGUUACCAAAGACCGCGGCAGUCCAACGGUUAUCACCGGAACAGUGGCAACAUGGUCACCGCGGAUUACGCGCCACCACAGUUGCAGUUUGCCAACGGCGGCUCAAGCGGUUGGCAGAACUUCGGUGGCGAUUUCGGACCACAGCACUUCGGUGGCUCACCUAUGGGCCCGUUGUCACCGGCCAAUUAUGGAACGGGACAACAAAUGCAGUCCGCCGCGACUCCGAUGCAUCAGCAACAUCAACAACAGCAACAGCAGCAACAGCAAAAGAUGCAGGAUAACUACAACGCCAUGGGAUUGGGAUCGUCAACGUCGGCAUCGUACAGGUCCAGUCCUUUCCAACAUUUGUUGGUGGCCAACUGAUUUCAGCCGGCUUAGCUGACGAGAGACCGUUAAGAGCGCCCCCUUUCACCACCAAACCGCCUCCAACCCAGGCCACCCGACGUGGCACACGCACCCUCUUGACCUAGUUACAUGGUUGAAGAUCGACCCGCCCCAUCCCCCUCCAUCCGCCCACCUUGUUAUCAUUAUUAUUAUUAUUAUUAUUUUUAUAUAUAAUACCCUCUUUUAAAUACACAUACAUAAGUAAACCCUCUGGCGCGACUUCCCCUUCACCAUUAAAGAUAAAUAAUGAAAGUUAUUUAUAUUACGUUUUUAGGUAGAUAUACAUCCGUUAUUAUAUUAUAUUAUUUCCGUUUUUCCAAAUCCUAUAUUUUUUUCACAACAGCGAGUUGGUCUCAUCUAUCUGUUAUCAUUUAAAACAUAAUCUAUUUAUAACAUAAUAUAUACUGCUAUUACCUUUCGGCUUCUAAAAUUAUAAUUAUCUCUAUUGACAACAUUUUAAAUAUUAUAUCGAUUUAUAAGUAAUUAGGACAAUGCUCGAAAAAUAUUUCAAUUUCUAUAAUACAGAUUCAGCCAUUCAUCCAGAAACUUUAAAAAUGUGUUAGUUCUCUUUGGGAAAAUAAAAUAAAAUAUAUAAUAACAAAAUAAAUAAAUAACAUUUUAAUAACAUCGAUAUAUAUUAUUGUAAUAUGUGAUUGAUCACCCACAAGUAUUAUUAUUAGUUUUUUUUACACUAUUUUCCUUUUUCUUAUUUUUGACUAAAACUUUUUAAUAUUUUUAAAUUAACGCAUAUAUAAAUUUAUUUUUUUUAAGCAAUUUAUGACUUAUCGUACAGACUUAAUGAGAUGUUUUUUUUAACAAAUAAAAUAUUUUUACCAAUGAGAGGAUUAGACCUUAAUUUAUGAUAAUAAUGACAUGUACGUCGUAAAUUAUAAAUAAACAUAUAUAAUAUACUUAGAGUCCGAUGAUAAUAAUUAAAGAUACUUUACGUCUAGGUUAAUAUUAUACUUAUUAUAUAUACACGUAUACCUAUUAUAUAGAAAUACAUUUGAAUAUUUGAUCAAAGAAUUGAUUUAUGAUCCAUUAUAUUAAUGCAUUAUGUCAAAUAUAUGUUCUAUGAACAUCAAAUAUUCAGUUCUAAAUAGAUACAAAAACAAAAAAAAAAAAUUAAAUAAUAAUAUUAAAUUUAAUAAAUUCAUUUUUCAAAUUAAAAUAUUUCCAAACAUAGAAUCUCCCUAAUCUUUAUACCUUUUACCUGAUCUUUUAUCAUCUUUUUUCUCUUCAAAUUCCUUGCUCUUACAUGUAAUAUUUAAAACUGAACAGGAACAAUCUAAUUGCAAUAAUUGUGAAAUACAUAGGUGUUUAAUAAUAAUAAUCAUAAAAAUAUUUGUAAUAUUGUAAAUCGGCCUAGGAAAUACGUAAAGUAAAAAUUAAAUAUACUAUUUAAAAUGUCCUUUUGUAGAAAUGUAGUAAAUUUGUUAUGACAAUAUUAAGAAAAAUAUAAAUUAAAAAUUGUUAUACUGGAAAAUUUAUCGAUGGAUCUCGCCAGUUAUUAACUUGUACUUGCAUUUUGCAACAUAAAUCGAGGUUUACUUAAAAAAAAUCAUUAUUAUUGUUUUUCAUCAUUAUACCUAUAGGUAAAUAUAAUAUUAUCCAAUUUAAAAAAUUGCAUGCGAUUUUUUUUUUUUAAUUUUGAAGCUUUAAAUUAAAAGUUUUAUUUAGUAAAUGUUUUAUUAUAAUUUUUUAACUUAUUUGGUAUUUUUUUACUCUUUAUAUACAUAUUAAAGUUAUAUGAAAUACUUGGGUUUUUUUUUAGAGUUAGACACUAUUAUUUUUUAAGUAGCGAAAUUAUCGUUUUAGUAAGUUUUCUUUUUUUUAUUUAAUUAUAAUAAUAUAAUAUAAUAUAUACCUACACAUAUAUUAUACAUAGUAAUAAUAAUAAAUUUAUAAACAUAUAUAUUUUUUUGUGAUUACAAUUUAAGCCUUAGGGCAUUUUUUUCAUAUACUAAAAAUGUAAUGCAUAUACAUAUAUAUAGACAUAAAUUAAUUUAUAUAUAUGUAUAUGUAUAUAAUAUACGUAUACCUACUUGCAUAUAUUUAUAUAUAAUAUGAAACGAAAAAUUGUAUUUUUUACUUUGCACUUUAUUAUUUUUUUUUUUUUUAAAUGAAUAUAAUAUAUUAUAUAUAUAUGUCACAUGAGGUUACCUAUAUAUACCUAACGUGUACCUAAGUAUUGAAAGUUUUGCUACUCGACCGAAAUGUUUGUCUAACGUGUUAUAAUUAUAAUAUAAUAUUAAUUAUUAUUAUACAUUAGGUACCUGAAUAUAGAAAAUUGUAUAUUAAUAUUAUUUUCUCCAAAACAUAUACUUGUGUACAUGACGAUCCCUCGUCGGUCAUGUCGCCAAUAAAACAAAUCAGUAGUCUUUAGUGUCAAGCCUAUAAUAGUCCUAUACCUCGUAUAGUAUAUAAAAUAAAACUUAGAUUCAAAAGUGCUUUGGUCCCAUUGUCUUCCAAUGUGAAAUAGGUACCUCCCCCACAACAAUCGUUAAAUGUUAUAAGCUGAUGUAUAGGUAUCGUUUUACCUAUAAUAAUAGUAUUAUUGUAUUUAUACUAUACUGUGUUAUUGUAUCCCUGUCCCGUAAUCCAAAACAAAUAGGUAAAUAUAAAAAAUAGAUGUUAUUUAAAAAAAAGACUGUUUUUUACGUCGUAGGAACAUAACCGUAAUUUUUGUUGACCGACUUCUAGCGUAUAAGAGAUUCUCUGACCUUUCCAACCCCCCACCCACAACCAAACAAAAAAUUUUAACACUCGUAAAGUGCGACUGACAAUUUUCUACUAUAAUCGUUUUCAAUUUAUUUGAUAAAAUAUAAUAAUAUAUACCUAGUAAAUAUUAUACUUAGUUUCGACAAUCUAAAAUAAAAUAUAAUUAACUAUAUAUUGUAAUUCAAUGUACACCUGUGUUGCCUAAAAUGUAUAAUGAUACGAUGCCAAUACAAAUUAGCUACUUAUAUGAAUAGUAUUCAAUAAAACUUACUAACACUUGAACCAACAGUUGCCAUUUUAUCGUGAUAUUAUACUAAUAUGGGAGUAUGAUGGCGAUAACGCGUAUGACAAUUAGAGAUGGAAAUCGAAAAAAUAAUAACCCUACGAUACGAUUAAAAUCAUUAGAAAAUAAUUUCUCACCGGCCCUACAUUUCUGUCAAUAUUGAAUAUUUUUUCAGCGCGAUUUUUCGAAUAUAUUAUAAUUUAUAACACAAUAUUACUACUACCCUCCAAACUACGUAGGAACCUAAUAUGACGUGAUCUUUAUACGUUGUGUAGCCACAUGCGCCACUGUUAAAAUAUAAUAAUUAUUACUUAUUUAAAUGUAGGUGAAAUAAAAGAUCCAUCACGUGUUUAUUUUUGUUUUAGAUUAAAAUUAAUCGGUUUUUGAAAAGAAAAAUGAACACUCCUUUAUAGCUAAAAAACGUACCACCGUUUUCUUCUUCCAACACAGUUCGUUCCCAUAAAUAUCUACUAAAAAUAAAUGUUAUAUGAUAUAUAUUCGAUUGUAACCGAUCAAUAAUAUUAAACGUUUUUCUUUUUUUUUUCUACCCUUCUGUAAAACUAGAUCGUACACCAAUAUUUGAAACUGUAUUUUUAACUAUCGUGACGCUCGUUUCUUUAUUUUACGCGAUACGCUUUUAGUCAAUAUACACAACUUUAUUGAUGAUAUUUAAAGGAGUAAUUUCACAUUAUAGUACUACUACUCAUGCACUUACUUACUGUAAAUUGUAAUAUAGAACACACAUAAGUGACGAGUUCUUUUUUUUAUUCAAAUCUAACGCUAGGCACUCGUUUGGUCGUUUAAUUUUUUAUCGUUUUUACUCAAUUCAACGAAAGUCUUCGUCAUAAAAAAAUCACUUAGGUACCUGUAUUAUUUUCAGUACCCACGAUACACUUAUUAUGUAUUAUUAUUUAUGAUUUGGUUUGUCAGCGACCAACCGUCGUUUUAAGUUAAGGUAUUUUCCAUUUAUGUUCAAAAACGAAAAACGUGCGGCACAAAUGUUAUUAUUAUUAAAAGCUCUUUUCUGAAACCACCAUUCGUAGACAAUCUAUCGCAAUAAAAAAUCAAAAAUUCGACUUUCGUUUUAGCAAAACAAAAAGUAUAAUAUGUAUUGGGUGUACCAUCGUUUGUAGUAAUUUAAAUCGUGUGUAUAUACUUAGAACUUACGCAUUCGAGAAAAAUUUCCUUGCAACUAUAGCAAGUGUUGAACGAUCAUUGUUAUCCAAUGGUAUAUAUUCAUAGGUAUCCGAGAUGUUUAGUAGGUAGGUAUGUCGUUUAUAAAUAGCACCACACAUCCGACGCGUCAAAAACAAUAAAACGGUAAUUUUAAUAUUGAUAUUAAUCAUUUCUUUUUUGUUAAAGUUCAAAGUAAUAAAUUUGAUAUACUAUUUUGAUUGUAUCACGUGAGAAUAAUGAAAAAUAUUACUUAUGUAUUAUUAUUACUACUACUACUAUUACGAGAGCGCUUAUAUUUUUUUGACAGAAAAAAAUAACCAUUUUUUUAUCAACAUAUUAUAUACUUAUGUAACGACUUAAUAAUACUAUUAAAUAUGAAUAUACAUUGAACCUCUAUAUUAUGCGAGUAUAAUGUAUUAAAAAUUAUUAUAUUAUGUGGUAGACAUUUUCACUCUAUUUUUUCUAUACUUAAUCAUAUCAAAACAAAAAUUGUUUUUGAAUAUUUAAAAUCUUUAUUAGACUUAAACAUUAUAUUAUAUACAAGCAUAAUGAUAUUUAUUAUUUAUGUACAUAAUUUUGAGAUAAAUUAUGUUUAAGUUAUUUGUAAAACAUUGGCUUGACCAAUUUCUCGGUGUUACAAGUUACCUAAAUAGCGUAAAAAAAAUUAACUGUAAUAAAACAAUGUAUGUUUCAGCAGUUUUAAGACUUAGGACCAUUUUUCAUUUUUUGCUUUUUGAUAUAUUAUAAAAGGAAUAUAUAUUAUACAUUACACAAUAAGCAUGUAUUUUAUAAUUUUGUUUUUACAUUAUUAAAUCUAAAAUAUGGCAUAUUAA